ACUGGUCUGAAUUUCAUAGGUUAUUUUUUUCGGAGUUGGGACUGAUGACUUGAUAGAGUAUAUAGUGGAUAGUGGAGAGAUAAAAUCACUUAUCUAUGUAUCUGAGAUAUAAAUAGUCCAAAGAUUGGGCGACUGGUAUGAUAGGGGAAGAGUUCGGCUAUAGACUCAGCUAUAAGGUGUAGUUGGGAAGCUCUCUACUGUACUGUCUGCAGGCAGCCGCUUACACAGGCUGUGGGACUAACCAGAAGAUAGCCGAAACCAAGAGAGAUCACAAAAACAUGUGUCUAUGUGCCACUUUCUUCUUGAUCUCUUCAAUUUUACACAACAUUAUAAGUUAAGACAUGCAGUGUUACAAGGCUUAAGUGUCUGAUCUUGUGAACGGAAUAUAAUACUUCAGGAAUCGUGUGUAAUAUUUUGUGUGUGGAAACGGCUCAGUGUCGAUUGUUGGAUUUUUUUUUUUAAAUAUAAAAGUUGUUGGAUUGAAAAACAGGUUUUGUAUUAAAAAUUUGUUUAUUUAGAACCUUCAUAUCUAUUAAUAUUGUGAAAUUUUCCAGUGCUUGAAUCAUUCCCGGAUUUUUUUAGGAGGCGCUAACAUUGAUUGUGUGUGAAUUUUAUUGAAGGGUAUGGUGCGUCUGAAUUUCAAGUUGUGAGAAUAUUGAAUAGAAAUUUUAUUUUUACAAUAGUUCAACAUUAUAUUGACACCUCUGUGUCCUGGGAAUUAAUUGUUCGCAAAGUUAUUGUGAAAAUCAAAUUGGCUGUUGUUUAAUCUGCAAUAAUUCUGAAAAUUCAAUUGUAAAAUCAAAAGUUAUUGUGUGAAUUUCUCACAGUGUGAAGUAAGAAAAAUUCAAAGGAUUUGAAACCCAUUAGGAAUUUUAAAGACAGGAAAACUGACUGUGAUUAAAAAUCAAGGGAAUUUAAAAACCUGUUGAGGAUUAAGCGCAGGAAACUGACUGUGAUAUAAAAUUGAGGAAAAUAUUUAAAAUCCGUUGAUAAAGGAAAUCAACUGUGUUUAAUUUAACAUCUAUGUGAUAACAUAUAUAUGUGGUCAUGGUAAAUUUAAAGAGUGGGGCACCUGUCCAAUACAAGGAAGUACCAACACAUGCGACCGAUGAAGGUGCAAGCAGUGGCGAUGAGAACCCUGCAUCAAGCAAUUUGACUGAUGCUGUCACGGACCCUUUAACACAAAAUGGAGACGCGGAAGCGCCGUCAUCCCCAGUCGAUGAAAAUUCAGAGUCGGCCAGUCCGAAAUCGGGAAGUCCAUCUGAUAAUAAAGCAGCGGGCAGUAGUCGAUUUUUCGUCUCACCUGCGAUUGUGAUUUGUGAUGAGACUGGGAAUAAUAUCAGUAGUGCGGAACCCCUAGUGGAGGAUAUCAACAGUGACGGGGAAGAUAGCGACCGCAACAAAGACAAUGAACCACUCGCCAGCAAUGAUGAGUUAUCUCCCUUUUCAAAUCAGAUGGCACUAUAUGAGGAUGAUCUGUCAGAACGAGGAAAGAUUUCACAGAUCAUCAAUAGAAUUUCCAAUUACCAAGCCGGCAUUGAACCGAACAUCAGUGAGCAAUACAACGACAAACCGAAGCAGGCAAAGCUUGGAACCCUUCUUGGUGUAUACCUGCCGACCAUACAGAACAUCUUUGGCGUGCUGUUGUUUAUCCGUAUGACGUGGAUUGUUGGUAUGGCUGGGGCACUGGAGAGUCUUGGCAUUGUCAUCAUAUGCUGUUGUACUACAAUGUUAACAGCUAUAUCGAUGAGUGCCAUCGCAACCAACGGUGUCGUUCCUGGUGGUGGGUCAUACUUUAUGAUAUCUCGAGCGCUGGGACCAGAAUUCGGUGGAGCCGUCGGGAUUCUCUUCUACCUAGGGACCACAGUGGCUUCGUCCAUGUAUAUCAUUGGAUCUAUAGAGAUAUUGGUGAAAUACAUGGCGCCCCAGAUGUCUAUAUUUGGUGACAUGGACAUACAGGCAAACGCAUUCAACAACUACCGGGUGUAUGGGACGUGUGUGCUCAUUCUCCUGGCGAUCAUCGUAUUUAUAGGCGUGGCCUUCGUCAGUAAAUUUGCUGCUCUUUCUCUCGCUUGUGUCAUCCUCUCAAUCUUCUGUAUAUAUAUCGGCAUCUUCGCAUCUAACCCGGACAGUAGUUUAUCUGUAUGUAUAUUAGGAGAUCGGCUGAUGUCAUCGAAAGUGGUGGAAUCGAAUGGGACGUUUCUGUGCUCAAAGAACCCAAAUAUUAGCGGAGGUAUUUUCUCAAGUUACUGUACUGUAUACAAUGGUACAACAGACUGUCGGGGAGACUACUUCGAGGAACACUCGGCAAGGACGAUACCAGGGAUCCCUGGUCUCAGCAGCGGUGUUUUUGUCAGAAAUCUGAACAACAAGUACACAAGGAAGGAUAAAAUCAUUGGUACGGAUGAGAGCAGUAUAUCCCAAGCUGAAAUCAUAGCCGAUGUUACGUCAUCAUUCAUGGUGUUAUUGGCUAUUUACUUCCCUUCCUGUACAGGUAUCAUGGCGGGUUCCAACAGAUCUGGCGAUCUGGCCGAUGCCUCCAGGUCCAUACCAACAGGUACCAUCGCCGCCAUAGCAACCACUUCAUUUGUCUACAUCACCAGUGUAAUUUUCUUUGCUGGGACAGUAGAAGGAGAUCUCCUCAGAGACAAGUUUGGUGAAAGUAUUAAUGGAGGUCUGGUGGUGGCCAAGUUAGCCUGGCCUAACGAAUGGGUUAUCCUGAUAGGCUCUUUCCUGUCUACACUAGGAGCAGGCCUUCAGAGUCUCACAGGUGCGCCGCGACUACUACAAGCCAUCAGCAGUGAUGGAGUGAUCCCAUUUCUCAAGGUGUUCAGUGUAACCACAAAGCGGGGUGAACCCUUCAGAGCCCUCAUCAUGACAGUUUUUAUAUCAGAGAUUGGAAUCCUGAUUGCCAGUCUGGAUGACGUCGCUCCCAUUAUUACAAUGUUUUUCCUGAUGUGUUAUGGCUUUGUAAAUAUGGCCUGUGCUCUACAAACCCUUCUGAGGACACCAAGCUGGAGACCACGCUUUCGAUUUUAUCACUGGGUUUUGUCACUGAUCGGUAUGGCCCUGUGUAUCACCCUUAUGUUUAUAUCAAGUUGGUACUACGCCCUGGCUGCCAUCGCUCUCGCAGCCUUCAUCUACAAGUAUAUAGAGUACAAAGGUGCAGAGAAAGAGUGGGGAGAUGGAAUCCGGGGUUUGGCUAUGUCUGCGGCCAGAUAUUCUCUCCUGAGGCUACAACAGGGUCCACCCCAUACCAAAAACUGGAGACCUCAGAUCCUGGUUCUAAUGAAACUCGAUGAAAACCUACAGCCAAAAUACCCAAACAUGAUCAACUUUGCAAGUCAGCUUAAAGCAGGAAAAGGUUUGACCCUGGUCAACAGUGUUGUGGAAGGCGACUUCAAGGAGAGAUAUGCUGACGCCCAGGCCGCAAAACAGACUCUGACAAAGCUGGUGGAGUCGACUGGAGUGAAGGGAUUCGCUGAUUUGGUGAUAUCAUCCAAUGUAACAGAGGGGCUGUGUCACAUGAUACAGAACGCUGGUCUUGGUGGACUGAGACACAACACGGUGAUGAUUGGCUGGCCGUACGGAUGGAGACACGAUCACAAUGCCAAGAGUUACAGAGUGUUUCUAGAAUCCGUAAAAAAUAUAAAUGCUGGACAAAUGGCAUUACUAGCUGUGAAAGGCAUCAACAACUUCCCCCAGAGUGCAGGGAAACUGAAGGGCACUAUCGAUGUAUGGUGGAUUGUCCAUGAUGGAGGUAUGUUGAUGUUGCUGCCGUUCCUGCUGAAACAACAUAAAGUGUGGAAGAAUUGUCGUCUGAGGAUAUUUACUGUGGCUCAACUUGAGGAUAACACUAUACAGAUGAAGAAAGACCUGGAGAUCUUUAUGUAUCACCUGAGAAUAGAGGCAGAGGUCGAGGUUGUGGAAAUGGCUAACAAUGAUAUAUCAGCAUACACGUAUGAAAGAACAUUGAUGAUGGAACAGAGGACAGAGAUGUUGAAGGCAAUGAGAGGAGGGUCCAAGCUUAGUCCCCAGGAUAUACUAGACAAUGUGCAUCGGAGCCCUGCACAAGUCAAGAUACAACUAGAGACAGUCACCGAGGAGAGUCACCCUACAAGUCUAACAACAGAAUCCUCGACGGACGAGGAGAAACUCGAGAAUCACCAGUACACAUUCACACCCUCCAAUCUCUCCAGUGGCAAGAAAGCCUCUUCACCUUCCAGUCCGGUCAAUGAUCUCCUUAGUAUGAAACCGGAUAAAAGAAAUGUAAGAAGAAUGCACACUGCCGUGCGUCUCAAUGAAGUCAUCAUUGAAAAAUCUCACGAGUCGCAGCUUGUCAUCUUAAAUCUGCCAGCCCCACCGAAGACAGAAGCUGGCGAACUCAACUAUAUGGAGUUUUUGGAAGUACUGACCGAGGGGCUAGAAAGAGUGUUGAUGGUCCGAGGGAGUGGCCAUGAAGUCAUUACAAUUUACUCAUAGACCAUGCGACUUUGUAGUCACGAAUGGUAUGAAGGAUCACCGUACAUAUGUGUACGUGUCACUAUUAAUGUAUCAUGGCACAGAAUAUGUACCUAGGAUGAAAAUUUCACUGACGCACAGAUCAUGUACAAAUGAUUAAAUUUCACCGACAUACAGAAAUCCUUUAAAAAGGAUACAAAAUUUCACUUAACAAAUUACAUUAAAUUUUUUUUUCUUUCUGAAAAUGAACUUCCAAAACGUAUCUGCACUCUAUACAGGGGUGCACACUAUGCGCGCAAAUUUACGGUAAUCGUUCCGAAAGUACAACAGUAUUUUCAUUUACAGGUUCACAUCUACAUAUCAGUUACAACGUGUAUUGUAUAGCAUUAGAUGCCUAUGCAUUUUCUGUAUUUAUUUUAUCAUCAAGGAUUCAUUUUCUUCAUUGAAUAUUACAUUUUCAUUCUUGACUUUAUGAUAAUUCUAUUUCAUUUUUUUCCAUGACAACCUAUCCAUGGGUUAUUUUUCUAUCAUUUCAUCACAUGAAUAUAUACUAUUUUUUAUUUUGUAUAUAAUAAAAAUAUAGAUGUAUAUAUAUCUGAUUUUCAAUAUCAAAGAUGUGGAGUGUUUGUACAGGAGGAUACAUUUGCAUAAAAGUACAUUGAUUAUUACAUAUUUUGAUUCUGACCUUCAAUGCAAGUGAUAGAGCAAGGGAGAUAACCCUGUUUAGAGUGUGUGUAUUUAUUUUGCAUGUGGACAGUAAUUGUAUGAGAGAUAUACACAAGUCCAUUCCUAAAACCCAAUUAUGUGUGCUUAGAACAUUUUAUCUUCAUCUUUUGAUACCCAAAUGUACCUUCAUCAGACAAGACUAUAUUUUCAUCUGUUCAUUCCAGAUCUCCAUAUGUUCAAUGAUACAUAAAAAACACCAAAUUUCACUGCCAAGACAAUGAAUUGGCAGUAAUCAGUAAUUUAAUUAGCAAAACUGGUUUUUGAUAUACAGUGUAUAUCUAAAUCUUAAUACAUUAUAUUUUUGUCUACAUCGAGUAUACAUGUAAGCUCACCUAUAUUCUUGUAAAAGCCCUGACUUUUCACCACCUCUAGUAACUGUUACUAUAGAAACAAACAAGUACAUGUAUUUCUAUAUUUAAAGACCUAUAUAUAACUUGUAACAUUCAUGGGAGAUGAUAUGACUUUGUACAGAAUUAGUUUAAAUCAGAAAUCACACUAAAAGUGAGAUUUUAAAACAAAUUUUUAAAGUAACAAGGAACUGUAUAUUUUUGUUAAGUUUGUAUUUUUUACACAUUAAGUUUCAUGUUUUAAAAGAACAGCGCUACGUGUUAGUUGGAGACCGUAUACAACAUCUUAAUUUCCAAAAGAUAAAAGAUAAUCUAUUUUACAAAAAUUAGAAACAAGUUGACUAACGCUUGAUGAUUCUUGUUGGGCUGGACUUUCUCAUGUUGGGGAAUCAAACCCUGAUUGUGUAGAUGAGAGGCGAGUGGUACCACUGCGUCACAUAACCGCCCAAAAGAUAUAGUUACAAUAGAAAAAUCAUCAGCUGACAUGAUAUUGUAAGAGAGAUAAAGUUAAACAUAAGUUUUCGAAACAUUUUCCAUUUCAAAAGAGUUACCAAAAUAAUGUUCUAGAAACAAAAUUCUGCAGGUCAAUUCGGAAUAUUAAAUAUGUAGAAUUAAGAUGAAACCCUUAUCCAGCCUUAUACUCCAAAUUCUACUUCCAAAAGUUCCAUAAUCCCGCCUCUAUCAAUAUCAGUCUGUCCAUCACAUACAAUUAGUAACGACUUUUUUUGUUGUGAUCCAAAUUCAGGUAUACUGAUAAAUUUACAUAUUGUCAGCCAUAACUAUUUAGGGGGAAACUCAUGAUUUUAGAACCUUAAUUUAGACAUGAAUUAUCAGUGAAACUUUUUUAUUGUGCAUAAUUGAAAAAUCCUAUUUAUCCUGAAAUCAUUCCCUUCUCCUAUUGUAAAAAUCAAGUACUGUAUUUAUCCCCAAAUUAGCCCCCCUCCCCUAUUGUAAAAAUCAAGUACUGUAUUUAUCCUCAAAUUAGCCCCCUCCCCUAUUGUAAAAAUCAAGUACUGUAUUUAUCCUCAAAUUAGCCCCCUAUAUAUAAGUUUUGUAAUGUAAACUUCAUUUAUUUUACAACAAUUGCGAAACAAGUUAUACCAACUUAUAUUAAUCACACUUGCUGGCCCGGAUGGAAACGCACAAGAGGUCUUAGUGUGGGAAGAAACCGGAGUACCCGUGGAAAACCCAGCGUGGUCAGGGCAGGUUACCCUAACACGUCCGAUUGGCGAAUCCAACUACAUCCACCAAGGUGAAAAGCAGGCGUGUUACCACUGUGCCACCCUAAGUUUAUAGUGUUGAAGUUUGGGUAGGGCUUAUUUGUGAAUUACUUUUACAAAAAUGAAGAAGGGGGCUUAUUUGUAGAUAAAUUUGGUAUGUGAUUAAAGGUCCUACUAGGCCAAUAUGAUGUCUAUAAAUGUACACUUUAUAGGCUUGAGAUUUUUAACAUAUUAAGACAAUCUCUUCUGUGGAAAUUCUAAAGAAAAUCAUGAUAUUUUGUAUUGUACACACUCAUUGUUAUGUAAAUAAUAGUAAAAAUUUGUGUUAAGCAAUUCAUAAUCCAGAGCAAUGCAUAAACAGAAUUUGAAUUUUAAGAUUACAAUAUACAAUGUACUAAAAAAUAUGUAAAAAAAAAUACAAAAAAAACCCAACAUUACUUGUACAUGUAUCAUUUUCAUAAAAGCAUUUUUGUCAUAUUUUAAUGUUUUAACACUAUUUAAAAUAGUUUUUAUUAAUUGUCUGCAUUUUCAGGAUUUUACAUUCUGUGCCAAAGACAUAACAGUGUAAUGUUGUGAGCCAUGACUACGUAAAUGAUUUGCCAAAUGUGGGCAUUUUAAUUAUAUAAAGCGACUUGUUACAUGUACAAUGUAUACUUAUAACAUUACAAACAGCCUAUUUCAUAUCAAUCAUGUCCAUGUACCAGGCGACAUAAUUGGUACUAUUAAUUAACAUAUAAGCUGUGAACUCUAAGUUUGUAAUAAUAAACAAAAGUAUUUCUUAUUGUUACUGAUUAAUAAGGUGGUGAAUCUGUAGGGACUGGCCUAUGGAUUUAAGUUUCCUCAAAACUUAAAAUCUAGGAAAGCUCUACAGAAAUUAAGAAACCCCCAAAUCGCUGCAUAAACCACAAAAAGACAUUUUCCUUUAAUCCGAUAAUGCUUUCCUAUGGAAAGUUUAAAGUCAAGGAAUCUAAAGUUUUAUAAGUAUAAUUUUUUGAUGAAAACCAGUAAAUGUGUUUUCAUGUGUCUCGUCCUUUUGUCAUAUUAACUUCAUUUUUAAAAAUUAUCUUUUACCAAAAAAAUGUAAUUAUAAAAUUUGUUGAUGUGACAAUCCAUUUAAUCAUAAUUUAUUGUCAAUAUCCUUAUUUUGUGUCAAUGCAAAGCUAACUUUGUAUGAAAAUGAGGCUCAGCCACAAUCUGAUUAGUUGAAAAAUUAUCAGAUUGUUAUAAAAUUUGACUAGAUUAUUCAUAACUCAAACUUCAUGUAUGAAACAUAUAUUAUUUAUAACUCAAACUCUGUGUAUGGCUGAUAUUAAAGAUUAUAUCAAAAGAGGUUGAUGAAAUUGUAUCAGUUUUAAGACAAUAAGAACAUUUUAUUUUGCAUUUUCAUCAUGUGCUAUUUGGCAGUCAUUCCACACAAGCUGGUGUACACGUAUACGUAGAUGACACACCCACUUCUGUGACUUCUUAAACAAUUUAACAAUAAUGUGUGUGUAGGUUGUUGUUUUUUUCAUUAUACAAUUACUGGUAUAAAACCAAAUUAAUUUUUGUGUGUAUUCAUACAAAUUCACACUUACAGCUAAAGAAUUACCAUAUAUAUUAUGAUGAUGGAUUUUUAAAUGUAAGACUAAUUUAUAGUUGGAGAUAAUUAUCACUUGACAAUAGUAUUUUUUACAGAUGAAAGCAAAGUUUGACAGAAUGUUGUGAUUAGAUUUUGUACAAGUUUAAAAUACAAAUUUUGUGAUUUUUUUUUUCUGUUGUUAGUGUAAACUUUAAGGUAUGUGAGAAUCCGUUUUGAUUAUACUGUGUUGUUCCAAUGUGUGAAUAUACAAAAAAAUGUAAUAAUAAUUCAAAGAAGAAAGAAAGGCUAUUUUACAAUAAUUUUGAGAAGAGAGAAAGGCUAUUUUACAAUAAUUCGGAGAAGAGAGAAAGGCUAUUUUACAAUAAUUUUGAGAAGAGAGAAAGGCUAUUUUACAAUAAUUCGGAGAAGAGAGAAAGGCUAUUUUACAAUAAUUUUGAGAAGAGAGAAAGGCUAUUUUACAAUAAUUUUGAGAAGAGAGAAAGACUAUUUUACAAUAAUUCGGAGAAGAGAAAAAGGCUAUUUUACAAUACUUCGGAGAAGAGAGAAAGACUAUUUUUGUUGUCUGAUGGAAAUACAGAAAAUGGUAGGAAUUAAAACCAUGAGUUGAUCCAUUUACUUCCACCUAUAUGAUAGUGAUGAACAGAUCCACAAACACUAAAUAUAAUGGCUCACAGAAUCUCGGCACCUUGUUAGGGUAAAUUUGAAGACCAUAUUUAACCAAUUUCAAAUU